UCUCUCUCACACACACACACACACACACACACACACACACACACACACACGCACUUCCCUGCAGCAGGCGCUCUGCUUUCCAGGACCUGCUGUUUUGUGGCGGAGGCACUGGGCAGGGGUUCAGGCAGCUGAGAGGCCGCUGAACUCGCAGUGCUCCUCGGCCCUGCUCCGAGCCCGGCUCCCGCCGCUGGUUUUGCUCUGAGCGAGCUGGAUCUCAGGAACGAGGCCCAGACUGACCCCCAGGUGGCUGCCUUCCUCUGUAGUUACUUUCUGUUUUCCCCACGAAGGCGAGAAGAGGCUUCGAAGCCUCCCUUGGCCUCCGAGUCCAAGGAAGACGGCGCACUCACGACUCUGGACUCCCGCUGGUGCCCUCACUUCCUCCCUGGGAUGGGCCGAGCAGGUGGCUUCAGCUCAGGCCUGGCCCUGCUCCAGGUGCAGGAAGGAGGGUAAAGACGGCCGUGAGGUGGGCUCACCUGCACCUGUCGCAUGGGCCUUCCCGACGCCUCGGACGCCUCCGAGAAUGAGCGGUGAUGUCCUCUAGCCGCCCCUAGCAGCGUCUCGGUUCUCCCUCGCCACAGCAGCUGACCAGGACUGGGACUUUCUCCACAACAAGCGGACACACCGGCAGUCAGUGAUGACUGUCCAGAAACUGGUGGCCACGGCUGUGCUGGUGGCCCUCGUCUCUCUCAUCCUUAACAACGCAGCGGCCUUCACCCCCAACUGGGUGUACCAGACGCUGGAGGAUGGGCGCAAGCGGAGCGUGGGGCUGUGGAAGUCCUGCUGGCUGGCGGACAGGGCCCGGGCAGGGCCGAGCCCUGGGGCCAGACCGGGGCAGGCAGACGCGCGGGAUUGUGAGGCCCUGGGCUGGGGCUCCGAGGCAGCAGGCUUCCAAGAGACACGAGGCACCGUCAAACUGCAGUUUGACAUGAUGCGUGCCUGCAACCUCGUCGCCACGGCGGCGCUCGCCGCGGGCCAGCUCACCUUCGUCCUGGGGCUGACGGGCCUGCCCCUGAUGUCGGGCCUGCCCCUGAUGUCGCCAGAUUCCCAGUGCUGGGAGGAGGCCAUGGCCGCUGCAUUCCAGCUGGCGAGUUUUGUCCUGGUCAUUGGGCUGGUGACGUUCUACAGAAUCGGCCCGUAUACCAACCUGUCCUGGUCUUGCUACCUGAACAUUGGCGCCUGCCUUCUGGCCACUCUGGCAGCCGCCAUGCUCAUCUGGAACAUUCUUCACAGGAGAGAGGACUGCAUGGCUCCCCGGGUGAUUGUCAUCAGCCGCUCCCUGACUGCACGGUUUCGCCGUGGGCUGGACAAUGACUAUGUGGAGUCACCAUGCUAAGGGUCCCCAGAGAGAGGCUUGCUCAGGAGUUUAUCCACUAUAACGCAACAGUCUAGAAACCAAAGGACUGCCUGUGCAGAGGCGGGCGA